AUGCUCAAAUUUAUCAACAAUCUAGCAUGUAUGAAUAAAAAACCGAAAAACAAAUUGGCACUGACAGCCGGACCGUCGGAAAGCGCCUCGUCUACAAUCGAAAUAUCGCCCAGGACGACUUCAGAAGAUGUCAUUGAUGAGACACUCAAUCAGAGUGUUGCUAUUCCGGAAGGACCUCUUCUGAAUACGUCACACUUCAUGUCGAAUAUUCUCUCCGAUGUCUCGUACGAUGCCGCUGCAUUUCAGAAUCGCGCGACACCAAUUGAUUUUUGUACUAGAGAAGUGAAAGCGGACGAUGAUGUUCUCAGUAUACCGAGUCGCCGGCGCAGUGUCAACACCCUCACACCAUCUCCCAUUCCAGAAGAAACCGAAGACAAUCUCACCGAUAAAAAUGCCACGUACUCGCCCGAUAAUCUCACGAAAAACACAAUCUUCGAGCCUCGUAACCGUCAUUGUACUCCGCGUCUCAUAAAAGUUCGAAAGCACGCUCGUGUAUACAAUGGCAACGAAUCGAUAGCCAGCGCAUCGUCAUCGUCUGCAUCAUCGAGUAACGGAGAAAAUCAUCGGAUUGAUAGCGUACGUGCUCGUGCUUCAAAAUCAGCGAUCAGUCAACAGCUGAAACUACGACUUACUCCAGUUAUCGGCGGAUCGCUUCGCCCGAUUCGUGCAAAACGCCACAGUGUCGCAUUCGAUGGAAACAGCACCUUCACAGCAUUGGACAGACGGCGUUCGGAGCUCGAUAGAAGUCAUUUUCACGAACGUCUUUCUUGUAUCAUUGUUGUUCAUCGAAUUCCAGAUCUUGCCGUAAUUAAACAAAAUGAGCAGUGA